GCCUGGGCUCUGACAUCCCGCAGUGUGAGAGGGUCCCAGUGCCUGGGCUCCAGCCUGAACCAGAACAGCUGCACUGCGGUGUGAUAACCCUGCAGCCUGAACCUCGGUGCCACGGGUUUAUUGCAGUGUAGACGUACCCGAAGGGGCACGAGGCACACAGGGAGCAGAGCAUGGAUCACUUGGGCCAGCUGAAUCACUGAGUCCCAGCAGGCGGGUUUUGUCUGCUCUCCCCGUGAUGCCGCCGCACACAAUCCCUUGUUUAAUGCCAGCGAGAGUUUUCAUUUCCCAGAAGAUGGGGACGGGGCUGCAAGCAGAUCCCGCAUCCUAAUGAUAAAGGCGUCCCUAGCAGCCUGGAGCCAAGCCUGAAGACGAACAUCUAAGGCACAAUGGGCGUCCUAAUCCUAACAUCCGCCCUGUGAGCGGAUUUGGGCUCAGCAGCUCAGCCCUACUUUAAAAAUGAUUCUUGCCCUCAUAGCAACAAAUGAAACGCUGAAAGCUUGAGUCAAGUGUAAGCCGUGCAGAGAUGUCCGCCUGAGUUAAGGGACAUUAGCUUGGACGGGUGUGGAUUGCCCCAUUCAUCUCAAUGGGAUGUUAACUCUGAACCCUACAGAUGGCAAGUAAUAACCCAACAGUGCUAACUACUUGGGCAGAAGCGUCCAGCCGAUGUGUUGACUCCACACUGUCAAUCAAUCUUCCACCCAUUCCCAGCUGCCAGUUGCCCCUCACGCAGCGACCGAGACCUUCAGCUUCCCCCCGGAAGAUGUCUGCAAAGCCGUUCUGUAAUUUCGUUCCAGGAUUCGAUAGCACGUUGAAAACUGAGUGUGUGGGGACAGCAUGAAGCAAAGUGGAUUUAACAUCCAAAUACAGAGCGUGAAGCUGCGCUGCGUUACUCAGCUUCUUCCCUGAGUCCCCAGAAAGCUCCGGUUCCAAAUGUAUUUGAAGCUGCUGCAGACUUUCCACCAGAGGCUGCAGAAUGUAGGCCCAGCUUCUCCCAGAGCGCACCGAGCCCUGACUGUGAUGCUGCCCAGAGCUGAAGUGGAUUAGCCCACGGGGACGUUUCCAAAGCCCUGGGAUGCGCUGGGGUCCCAGCGAGGCGUGAGGACAGGACCGCCCCUCCCUUCUGGAGCAGUGGCAGAGCGGCACCGGGAGCAGAAUGAGGGAGAACUAUGAUGCCAUGAUUGCUCUGGGGUCCCCCGUCGCCAAACCCGAGAUUGUCCCACGGGUCGAGCAAGCCGAAGAGCCUCGUGCCAAGGCUCCUGGGGAGGCAGAGCAGAGGGAGGCCCCUGGUAGCGCCAGCCCAGGAUCCGUAGUGCCCAAGCCCGAGAUCGUCCCGCAAGGUGAGCGAGAGCAGCAGCAGCAGCAUGGUGGCGGGGAGCAGAUGGGGCUGGAAGGACGAAAAGGCCCUGAGAGCAGCUUCUCAGAUGACUGGCUCAUCCGGACGGUGAAGGUGGAGGAGGACUAUGAGGAGUGGCCUGCGAGUCUCAGUGCGGAGGCGCUGCUGUCGGGCAGCAGCUUGCUGCACCCCGACGGGGGCCAUGGCUACCUGGGCGCGUGCAAGCUGGAGAGGCCGAGCCUGGAGGACUACGGCAGCUACGGCGACCUCCCGGGCUUGGCCCUGCAGCAGUGGCAGCUCCUGACCGAGAAGCCGUACGGCUGCACCGAGUGCGAGCGGCGCUUCAAGGACAAGCUGACACUGCGGCUCCACCAGCGGGUGCACACCGGGGAGAGCCCCUACGCCUGCGGGGAGUGCGGCCGCAGCUUCAGCCAGAAGCCCAACCUGGUGGCCCACCAGCGCACCCACUCCGGGGAGCGGCCCUUCCCCUGCGCCCAGUGCGGCAAGGGCUUCAGCAAGAAGGCCCACCUGACGCGGCACCAGCGCAUCCACACGGGCGAGCGCCCCUACCAGUGUGCCCAGUGCGGCCGCUGCUUCAGCCAGAAGAUCCACUUGGGAUCGCACCAGAAGACGCACACCGGGGAGCGGCCCUUCCCCUGCGCCGAGUGCGGCCGGAGCUUCCGCAAGAAGACGCACCUGAUCCGGCACCAGCGCAUCCACACCGGGGAGCGUCCCUACCAGUGCGCCCAGUGCGCCCGCAGCUUCACCCACAAGCAGCAUCUGGUGCGGCACCAGCGCGUGCACACGGAGCCGGAGCCAGAGCCGGGGGCACUGGCCCAGCUGGAGACAAGUGCCCCCUGCAGGCUGCCAGAAGUGGCAGUGCCACCCCCAGGGUCCUCGCCGGAGCAGAAACCCUUCACCUGCCCCGAGUGCGGCAAAAGCUUCAGCUGGAAGAAGAACCUGACGUCGCACCAGCGGCUGCACCUGGAGGGGCGGCCCUUCUCCUGCGCCGAGUGCGGACGCGGCUUCAGUGACAAGCGCCACCUGACUGCCCACCUGCGCAGCCACAUGGGCCUCAAGCCCUACGCCUGCGCCUACUGCGAGAAGAGCUUCAGCCACAAGCCCAACCUGACCACACACCAGCGCACGCACACCGGGGAGCGCCCCUUCGCCUGCCCUGACUGCGGCCGCAGCUUCACCCACAACCAGCACCUGGUGCGGCACCGCCGCGUCCACACCGGCGAGCGCCCCUUCGCCUGCCCCCAGUGCGACCGCAGCUUCAGCUCCCGGCCCAACCUCAUCGCCCACACCAAGGCCCACUCAGGCAAGCGGCCCUACAUCUGCGAGCAGUGCGGCCGCGGCUUCAGCCGCAAGUCCCACCUGGUGAGGCACCAGGCCGUGCACACCGGCACCCGCCCCCACGGCUGCAGCCUGUGCGGCAAGCGCUUCAGCUCCAAGACCAACCUGGUCCGGCACCAGGCCGUGCACACGGGGCACCGGCCCUACAUCUGCACCCAGUGUGGCAAGAGCUUCAGCAGGAAGACGCAUCUCCUGAGGCAUGAGCGUACCCACGCUGCCCCCCUGCAGAGGGACAGGGACAGCACCUGGGCUGUGCAUGACCCCCUGAGCCAGCAGGCAGCCUGCCUCUAGCGGUGGGGGACUAGUGACUCGCACGGCUCACCACUCCGAGGGACCAGUUACUCUGCUGUGAGCUGGACAAAGUGCGGGCAGGUGCUGUGCUCUCAGUGCCAACCUGUAAUCCCCCUCCCCGCUGUGCUAUCCCAGCCAUGGGCUCCCCCACAUACACUGCUCUGCAACUCCCCUCCACACCAACCCCCCCGUAUUCCAGUCCUUCCAUGUCACCCUGGUUCUGCUCAUGCAUUUCAGACUCAACCUGCAGCCCCCUGCUAAUCCAAGGGCUCCCUCCCCCACCAGCUCUGCUGGUGCCCCUCAUUCCUGACAGCCAGCCAUCGCAGUCCUUCUCUAGAUCCUCACUUCAGCCCGGCCCUGCCAUGCCCACUUGGGGCUCCCCACCCACACGGCUCUGUCACUCGCCCUCAAUCCCAGCUCUCCGGCGUAUGGAUGGGAUGGGAGAGAGAGAGAGAGAGCUGGGAAGCCACAGGAGAGAAGCUGCCUGAGUGUCCUGCAGCGAGACCCGCUUCUGAUCCAGACGUGCCUUGAGAGCCCAGCGCGCGGUUCAGACAGCCCAGCCCGCAUGGGCAUGGGCAGGGACACCACUGGGCGCAGCUGCCCUCAGCCUGUCCAUCAUCCACCUGCUGCGAGACAAGUCCUUCACGCCGCCUGGGGAGCUGACCAGGCAGGAGACGGGGUUAGGACUCCUCGUUGAAUCAUUCCUAAGCUGGAAAGGGGGAUAAUACCGUUCCCCUGAGCCAAAUGGUGCCAUAAACAGUGUUCUCGAACGGUGCUGGAGAUGGGUUGGAAGCUGGCUUCUCACUUCCCCAGUCGCUGGCCAGGGCACCCAGCGCUGGUCCAGCAAGAACUGUGGGCAAGCGAGAAGGGGGGGUUCUGUUCUCUACCUGAGAGGGGGCACAGCAGGGGACCCCCAAGCGAAGGGGCAUUUGAAUGUUAACGUCCCUCUGUAAUUAAAGACGAAACUCAA